AUGGAAGAAUCCACGGCUCAAGAUAUAUCGGAAGUUGUUUCUACAAGCCAGGCACCAGAAAGCGCAGAGGAACAGAAGUUGGGAUCUGUCUCUGAAAAUGUAACUACAGCUAUCAUAAACACAUCUCAGUCAUUGUUUCCUGACAGCCCUGUGUACGAACCUGAAGAUGAUGUUCUUAAAUGUGAGGACAUUCAAGAGAUGGAUAGUAAAACAGUAGAAGAGGCUGAUUCUCAAGGUGUUCAACCAUUAUCAAUAGUUAAGAGAAAGCUAUCCGAUGAAGGCCCAGAUAGUACCGCAAAAAUUCAAAAACUAGAUAUCAUUGAAAUUGUUGAUGAAAAUGUGGUAUCCUCCCAAACUCUAGAUGAGGAAGUUUCUCUUAUUACAAGAAUGGCAAAGAGCAAAACAGAAGAUGAGUUACCCAUUACUGACUUUCACCUAGCACUAUCUCCUUCUUCGGAUUCUGAGGCACCAGUUGUGGAGAAACCGGGGCAAGCUGAUUACAAUAGUGAUCCAGUCGUGGUUAAGGACAGAGGAGAAAUCCUAGAUAGUGGACCCAUACCGCCAACCAGGAGUGAAGGGUACAAUUAUUCGGACCUAAGUAACAAUCAAUCGCAACCGCUGCCUAACGAAUACAAUCUGGGCAAAACGACUGACCAAGAAAGCACAGACAGCGUUUGUUCCAUCAACUUAGACAGUCCCGACCAUGUGCCCACCGUCGCCUCCAAGCUAAUCUCGAAACUAUCCAACGGCAACUCCUCGACCCCGACAGAAGGAAGCGACGGCAAGCGCGCAGAAGAUGGAACUCCCGACCUUGUCAAGCUGAACGGCAGAAAGGCGAAGCUGGGCAAGAACGAAUCGUUCAGGGGAAGCAACGCGACGACGCCGUCGACCAUAUCGCCGCUGCAGAACGGCCACUCCUUGCCCGUCAACACUCCUCAGAUACCGGCCUUCGACGUGCACGUCACCCACAACGAGGACUGCGAGUUCCUCUCGCUGUACGUCGUGCGGACGGACAACGACCUGGGCAUGGACAUGUGCCGCGAGUACCAGAGGAUCUCGAAGCGGUUCACCAUCGACCCGUACAUGGCGGACGUGUCCGUCAGCGGCUCGCCGUCCAGCGUCACCAGCGGGGGCAUGGUGAACCUGCCCGUCAGGACCUCCUUCGCGUCCACCCCGCCCCGCAAAUCCGUGUCCAACCCGACCGUCUCGGUAAAAGGCUACGACGCCCUGAUGAAGAAGCUCCAGGACAUAUUCUCGCACAUACGGGAGGCGUCAGUGGAGGAGGCGAAUCGCUCGCUCGAGGAGAAAGUGUCGGUCGCCGUGCAAACGCUCUCUGAAACGGUCAGCAACGGCAACGCGAGCCCCGAGGAGGUGAGCAAGUGCGACAAGGCCACACCGAAGAGCUCGCUCAAGAAGACCAGGGUAAGGGGCCGGAGGCACAUGGCGGGGAAGACCAAACGCGCCCUGCUGCCAACGCAGCCCGAGGAGCCGGAGUACAUGCGCGGAAUGAACUCCCCGGAAAUGGUGCCGACCAACGGCGAUAGCGGCAAAACCUCGCCUAAGGACGAGAAACCACUCUCCUCGCUGGUAGGCACGCCCAAGUCGGUGAGCAAGCUGAAGCAGAAACGCAGACCAACCUCUCCACGUCCCGCCACUCCUGUGGAAAAGGUGGUCAUCAAGCCGGAAUACCCGGGCUUCGCGGCCGACACCGUGGUGCUGGCCAAGUGGGUGGACAAGCGCUACUACUCCGGCAGGGUGUUGGAAAUCACGGAGCCCAAUAAGUACCUGAUCAAGUUCGACGACGGCCAGAGCAAAGUGCUGCUGGACGAGUUCAUAAUAUUCGGCGACACGAAGAAGCUGCCCCUCCAAGGGCAGUCGGUGUACGCGCUGGUCGACGAGGAGCAGAACUACGAGCCCGGGCUGGUGCUGGCCGUGGAGGAGCAUGACAACGGGACCGUUACGUACAGAUGCACCACGGAUGGCGACACGAUAGUGAUGGUGACAGCCAGCGAGCUGUACCUGACCGAAGACCAGGCUCGCUCGCUGAAGGAGUCUGCAAGGCCUCGAUCUCCUGCAGCGCCUUCCACACCGCGCCGCCGCCACCAUAGAGAGCUGGACCUGGACAACAUCAUACAGGGUCCCCGCAGCGCCCGUAGCCGAGAUAAAGGCAGCUCCAGUGCAAAGAAACGGGUUACUUCACCCAAGAGUCCUAAAGCAUCUACAUCAGGUGUGAAGACAAAAAGCACCCCAGCUGGGGUAAGGAAGCGUUUGGCAAGUGAGAGCAGUGAGAUGAGCGAAAGUAGCAACUCCGCCCCACCAACGCGCCUAGAGGAGGUGGCGGGAGUGGAGCCAGAAGUACAGAGGACACCGAGGAAGAUAGAUGGAGUCAAAGCCGGACCGUUGCAACUGAAAGGAGCAGCGAAGCAGAACAUCGGCAAGAAGAACUCCAAACUCACCAAGUUUGAGAACGACGAAGACACCUGCACAACACUCGGACCCAUUCCUAGUGGCAGUAAACUCUUUGAAGGACUACACUUUUUACUCACUUGCACAGAGCCACCGAGGCGUGAGAGGAUCCAGAAGCAGUUCCAAGAGAGCCGGCACUAUUCCUCGGAGGAGGACAGUGAGGCAACUUCGGCCAUGGGUGGCACCGACACAGAGGAUCUGGUGUUCUGCGAGAGGCCCUUCAACAAGGAGCGUCUCAAGGAACAGUUAGAGGCGGGAGGGGGUAUCGUUCAUAGCCAUUUCGACGACGUGCCCAAAGGGAAGUACUCCGUCUGCAAGCUGAUCGCGCCCCGCCCCUGCCUCACCGCGAAAUACAUCCAGUGCCUGGCGGCCGACAUACGCGCCAUCUCCCACGGAUGGGUCAUCAUGUCCUGCAUCAACGGCGCCCUUUUGGACACGGACGCGUUCGCGCUGCCCGCCGGCUGGUCGAUACUGAAGGAAGUCUUCAUCAACUGGAUCCCAUCUUCUGGCAGACGCAACGCCACAUUCUUCAAGGACAAAAUCAUACUGCUGUGCGGUGACCCCGAUACAUUUGUGAAAUUCUGGGAGCGAGUUUGCACAUUGGCUGGGGCGUCCACACGGGUGGUGAAUGAAGAGGACUUGAACAUGUCCGGAGCGCUGGCCCUCGUGACGGAGUGGGACUGUCCACACGAGGUCCAGAACAAGGCCAACCAGGAUAAUGUACCGCUUGUGUCCACCACGUGGAUAGUCCAGUGUCUGGUCGAGGCGAAGGUACUCGCGCCGACCAGCCACGACAAGUUCUCAUUCAUGUACACGGAGCCAGAA